UAUAUAGCUCUAUUAUUGAGAAGAAUGUUCGGGACACUGCUGACUGCUGUGCUACUGUCCGCCGCCGCAGGCAUCCGCUUCUUCUCUUAUCCUAGGUUCAGGUUCAGCUCUCGAGUUUUCAGGAUGAAGGUAAUAGCUGCCUACCUGCUUGCUGUUCUGGGUGGAAACACUUCUCCGACUGCUGAUGAUGUUAAGAACAUUCUGGAAUCAGUUGGUGCUGAAGCUGAUGAAGAGAAACUGGAGUUCCUGCUCACAGAACUCAAAGACAAGGACAUAACAGAAGUGAUUGCAGCCGGAAGGGAAAGGUUAUCCUCUGUGACUUCAGGUGGUGGUGCAAUUGCCAUGGGAGCUCCGGCUGCUGCAGCUGGUGGUGCGGCACCUGCUGAAGAGCCAAAGAAGGAGGAGAAAGUCGAAGAGAAGGAAGAGUCUGAUGAAGAUAUGGGUUUCAGCUUGUUCGAUUAAAGCACCACUGCCCGUUUCCAGUUUCUCUCGCGAAUGGUCCCAUAAUAUUGGCCGGUGUCCACGAAAUAACAGUGUCAAUAGCUACUACAUACUUAUGCUAUUUUGCGUGUGAUAUACGAGUGUGCAUCUUCUUCAGGAAUCUUUAAGUCGAAUGGUCCCAUAAUAAUAUUGGUAACAAUGUAUAAUUGUAUAUGUCUAGUACGUACCUUGGUAUCAUGAUAUCUCAGUGUGCAUCAUCAAGAAUCACAAGUUGAAUGUUAUCUACAUAUAUUAAGGCAUGUUUGGACACUACAAGAAAUGCAUGAUUUUUUGACGUAUUUAGUA